CAUAUUUCCGACACAUUUCGCCUGCCUUCGAAAUGGAAAAAAAUAGUAGAAAGGGAACGAGGCACGAGUACAAAUCAAUUGAAAGGAGUGACUUUGGUGGGCAGCAUGGAGUUGCUUAGCGUGAGCCCUCAACUGCUGACUUUCUAUGCCCCCUAUGGCCACAGUCAAUGGCGAAUGAUGACUCUGCUGAAUCCCACCGAUAGAAAGCUACUUUUCCAGGUGAAAUCGAAUGCCUGGCGACACUAUACAGUGAAUCCGAAUACCGGCAGGUUAGAACCUUAUUCCUCCAGCGAGGUCAUCAUAAGUCUGAAGUGCUUCGACUUCCACGAGGACGGGAGCUACAAUCAUCUCUUCAUAAUUGUAUCCAUGUUCGCUCCUCAAGAUCAUUUAAAUGGCCAGACAAUCUUGGAAAUAUUUCGCGGAGCUUCGCGCAGAGACAUCUCUUCGAACUGUCUACCAGUUCGACUGGAGGCCCAGCCCUUUCCGUUGGCUAUUUCUGGCCUGGAUUCCCUUCGUGGUUUUGUCAAAAAUGCCGUGGAUAAAGAGUUGCAGCUGAGACAGCUCUGUGCCAUCUGUGCCAACAGGCUGGAAGUUCCUGUGGGACAGAAGAAGCCAAAGAGAAGCCGUCAUCUUUCCAAGCUCGUGAUCAUGGGCUCAUUGACCUUAGUUUUUUUUACAGCCUAUAUGCAGCGCAUGCAUAUGUUCGAAGCGCUGUGGGACAACUUUUACUCGUAUAUAGAAUUUAUAGAAUAAGGUUAAGCUACUUACAUAGGAAAUAUAUAAAAGAUAACCGAAACGUAUGUGCAUGGUAUUCGCGU